AUGCAUGAUCCUACGGCUCCCAUCGCCAUUGUGGGCAUGUCCUGUCGUCUUCCGGGCCAAGUCCGUACACUUGAUGACUUCUGGACACUCAUAUCUCGCGGUCGCGAUACCUGGAACCCAAUCCCCUCUGACAGGAUAUCCAGUGCGGCGUACUACCACCCCGACCCCCAGCGAAAGGGCUGCUUUAAUCCCAAGGGAGGGUACUUUAUGCAGAAUGGCCUUUCCCAAUUCGACGCUCCCUUCUUUCACAUUACGCAGCAGGAAGCUAUAGCCAUGGCAAGUCGGCCGACGAUGCCUUUAGAUCCCCAACAGCGACAUCUCCUCGAAUGUGCCUAUGAAGCCGCUGAGAAUGCUGGUAUCCCACUGCAAUCCAUAGCGGGCUCACGUAUGGGAGUCUUCGUGGGCCUUGGUCUGUCAGACUACCGCCGCGGAGUGCUUCGCGACCUGAACACAGUCCCCAUUUUCGAUGCCACGGGUGGUCAUGAAUCUAUCCAAGCUGGUCGUAUUUCACAUUUCUUCAACCUCCGUGGUCCGUCUAUGGCUAUUGAUACGGCCUGUUCAUCCAGUCUGUAUGCCCUACAUCUGGCCGUGCAGAGCAUUCGUUCUGAGGAGGCAGAUUCUGCUCUUAUUGCUGCAAGCCUGACGAAUCCCAAUGGAGAAGCCCAAGAACAGCUCAUGCGAGAGGUCUAUGCCCGCGCCAACAUCUCCCCUGGUGAGACAGGGUUUGUGGAGGCACACGGCACGGGAACCAAGGUUGGUGAUCCCAUUGAAGUCGGUGCCAUCCAGCGGGUGUUCGGCGAGGGUCGGACCAAACGAGCGCCGCUAUACAUCGGCUCCGUCAAAUCCAACUUUGGACAUCUCGAGAACGCCAGUGGGCUUGUCUCCGUAAUCAAGGCGUCCCUGAUGUUGCAUCGCGGAUUUAUUCUCCCCAAUGCUAACUUUGAGCGCGCCAACCCCGCCAUCCCUCUCGACAAAUGGAACAUGAAGGUGCCGACCAGUCUGCGUCCCUGGCCCCAGGGCAAGAAAUACGUCAGUAUCAACAACUUCGGCUUUGGCGGCUCCAACUGCCAUGUCGUACUGGAACGACCUUCCCGUGCCCGGGGUCAGGCCCCCAGCGCUCCUCAUGAUACGCCACGGCUCUUUGUGCUCAGCGGCUAUGAUGAGGAGGCUGCCAAACGCGUUGCCCAGAACCUCCUUAUCUACUUAGAACAACACCCAGGAGACUUCGAACGCCGCCUAGUGCACGAUGUCGCAUACACGCUUGGUGAGCGACGCUCUCAUUUUCCUUGGCGAAUUGCAUUUACCACCUCGUCCACCAGUAAUGAACUUGUCAAGGCCUUGAAUGGGCCGGCGAGCAUUCCUCAGCGCGCCAAGCUGGGAGCCGGCGCUUCUCCCACUAUAGCCUUUGCGUACACUGGACAGGGCGCACAAUGGCCACGCAUGGGUAUAGAACUCAUCGAUACCCACCCGGUAUUUGCAGCUACCAUGCAGAAAGCAGCGCGCACAUUGGAGGAUCUGGGGGCUGACUUCUGCCUGUUCGAAGAGCUGAAGCGUGAGGCAUCUGAAUCUCGUGUCAGUCAGCCGCAGAUCUCCCAAGUGGUCUGCACUGCCGUGCAGCUUGCCCUGACGGAUCUCCUGGCUUCCUGGGGCAUCGAACCGAAGAUGGUUGUCGGACACUCCAGCGGAGAGAUUGGAGCAGCUUAUGCGGCAGGUGCGCUUUGCGUGAGCAACGCCAUUGCCCUGGCGUACCAUCGGGGCCGACUUGCUGCUCAAAUUCGAGUCCGGUUUCCAAAAUUGAAUGGUUGCAUGAUGGCUGUCGGAGACAGUGCUGACGAGGUGCGCAAGAUUAUCAAUCGACUCCAGCUGGGGGAGGACAUCGCCGUCGCUUGUGAGAAUUCACCCCGGUCAACCACGACAUCUGGAGAUGCCAUUGCCAUGGAACUUCUUGCAAAAGAGUUGGAGGCGCGACAAAUCUUUCACCGCAAGCUUCAAGUUAACGUUGCCUACCACUCUCCCCACAUGGAGCUGAUCGCCGAUGAUUAUACCAGCGCCAUCCAGCAGGUUGCGCCGUCAACGAAGAAGGAUAAUGUCCAGUUUUACUCCUCGCUGUUAGGUCAGAAGGUAGAGCAGCCCGGAGUUCUGGGGGCAUCAUACUGGGUGGAUAAUCUGACGCAUCCGGUCCGAUUCUCAACAGCGCUGGGGCAGCUGUGCACCGAAACCAAACCCGAUGUCAUCAUUGAAAUUGGUCCGCAUUCCGCAUUGCAGGGCCCGAUCAAGCAGAUUCUGCAGGGUCUCCAGAACACGCACACCCAGUACUUUGCUUCCCUCGUCCGCAAUGAACAUGCCACUAAGGCCACCCUCCAGCUUGCGAGCCGGUUGUUUCUGGCUGGUCAAGACCUGUACUUUGGCGAAGUCAACCAGACUUUCGCGGAUGAGUCGACACCAGCACUGAUAACAGCCUUCACCCCGUGUCCCUGGUCUCAUCGGUCUUACUGGCGGGAGUCUCGCAUCACCUACAACCACCGACUGCCGCGCUUCCCUCGGCACGAUAUGCUGGGACAAUUGGAAGCCUCCGCCUGUGAGGAUGAACAACCUGUCUGGCGAAAUGUUUUCACACUGGAUAAGAUGCCAUGGCUCCGCGGUCAUCGUAUGCAAUCCACGACUACCUUCCCGAUGGCCGGCUACGUCAGCAUGGCAGUCGAGGCGGCAAGUCAACGGGCCCAGCUGAGGGGCAUCUCGCUGUCCCAGAUCGCAGGGUACCGGCUCCGCGAGUUCCAUGCUUCCUCGGCGUUCACCCUGGAGGAGAACGUCGAGUACGAGACCUGGCUCUCUCUAAGCGCGUUCACGGAAGGCACCCGCUCCUACUCCAGCGAAUGGGACGAGUUUCGAAUUGCCUCAUGGGCGGCUGGUCGUGGUUGGCGAGAGCAUUGUCGUGGUCUCGUCGGCAUCAGACGCCAGGAGUCGUCUACCUCCAACCCUGUCAGCGAGAGCCGACCAUUCCAUGCCAGCUUAAAACGAAGGGAGGAGGCUAGCCAGGGUGAAUACCUCCCUGUGUCUCCAGAGGCCUUCUACGCCGAUCUAGGGAGUCGCGGAGCGGGAUACAGCGAUGCGUUCGCAUUCGGUUCAGACAGCGGGUUGACCGUCGGGGGCGCAGGCACCGGGUCGAGCAGGUAUGCACGCGGCAGGGUUACAGUCCCUGCAACGGCACAAACUAUGCCGUCAGGCCAUGAGUCACCGUUGACUGUGUUUCCUGCCUUCCUGGAUCUGUGCGUCCAGUUGUCCUUCCUGGUUCUAGGGGCGGGUCAUGACAGUAUUCCGUGCCUCUUCAUGCCAACUUAUAUCCGGGAAAUAAAUAUUGCAGCCAAUUUCCCAUCUCAGCCGGGCGCGACAGUUGAAACCCUCGUCAAUGGUCUGUCGGCAGACAUUUCCUGUCCCCGGGCAGUAGACUUUACCAUUGAUGCGUGGUCUCCUGCAUCCGCAGAGCAGCCCGUGCUCACUCUUCUUGGCUUCCGGAUGGUCCCCGUCAACAGUGACAUGUUGGUCGAAUCUCGCCCGCAUCCAUGGUGUUACACGGCGCAGUGGGAGCCCGUAUCGUUUCCUUUCAAAGCAAAUGGCACAGCUCCCACUACCCUAGAGAGUAAUAGGAAUGGUCAGGUUAAUGGACAUGGGCAUGGCGAAAUGAAUGGGACUGGCGUUACCCAUGCCAACGGCUGUCACAGCACAUCUAAUGGGCACAAGCAAGAGUCGUCAUCUGAUGACGAGACGACCAUCGUUAUCGUUAGCGAGAGAAACAGCUCUGAUCCACUCAUCGCUUCGCUCUUGAAAGCUAUCGAAACCAGUACAGUGUACACUGCCACUGUAGUCCCCCUAUCCCGCGCCCCCAUCUCAUCCAAGUAUCGAUACAUCUGUUUGGCUGAACUGGACGCUCCGCUGUUGCAGUCAUUGACCUCAGAAUCCUUCAAGCUGGUCCAAGAACUCCUCAUCACAUGCUUCUACUGUCUCUUGGUCACCUCCACCUCCGGUGCAUACUUGGCUGUCGAUCAACCCGAGCUCAACCUCAGUCAGGGACUUCUGCGUUCUGUGCGUUCAGAGACUGGAAAUGCAGCUUUCAGCCUCGACCUGGAUCCCAGCUCUAGGCAAGACAUAGCAGGUCGAGUCCAUCUGAUUAUGGAUGCCUUCAAAGCGUCGAUCAGACCUGAUCAGAAAGCCGCCAGUGACGAAGACCAAACACCUUUGACUACGAGUUCACUGAAGUUGGCGCUUGGCGACGACGAGAUCGAGAUUCAAGUGGCUUGCACCGGAGCCAACUUCAAGGAUGUGGUAAUUGCCAUGGGCCAAGUCGCAAGCCCUUACUUGGCCCAUGUCAGUUCCCUCAAGCCCGGAGACCGCGUAUGUGCCAUGUCCCACGGCGCGUAUAGCACCUACGCGCGGUGUCCAGCAAGCAGCGCAGCUCUGAUUCCGGACUCUAUGGAUUUCGAAAUGGCAGCUUCUGUUCCUAUCACUUACAGCACGGCUUACUAUGGACUUGUUGAGCUGGCUAAGAUGGAAGCCGGUGAAAGCAUCCUCAUCCAUGCAGCUGCGGGAGGUGUCGGCCAGGCCGCAAUCCAGCUGGCUCAGUUGAUGGGAGCCGAGAUCUAUGCCACGGUAGGCAGUGAGGAGAAGAAACAAAUGCUAAUCGAUCGAUACUGUAUCCCGGCAAGUCGCAUCUUCUACAGCCGCAACACCGAGUUCGGACCUUGCAUCCGUGAAGCGACAAAUGGCGACGGCGUGGACGUGAUCUUGAACUCGCUUGCCGGUGAGUUCCUUCGGGAGACAUGGGACUGCCUGGCGCCCUUUGGUCGGUUCAUUGAAAUUGGGAAGCGGGAUAUUACGUCCAAUAAUCGGCUGGAAAUGGGCAAGUUUGAGUAUAAUUGCACGUUCUCCUCUUUGGACUUGGCGCAUGUCGCGGAGCGCAGAGGCAAGAUCCUUAACCGGGUUCUCACUACUAUCAUGCAAAUGUUUGCGCAGGAGAUACUGACUCCCGUCCAUCCGGUGACGACUGUCGGAAUUGCGGAUGUGGAAUCGGUGCUGCGCAAGUUGCAGAGUGGAAAGACGACAGGAAAGGUUGUUGUGGAUCAUCGGAUAAAUGGGAAGGUCAAGGCCACGCACCCCCUUCCGUCCAGUGACCUUCUUUCGCCCGAUGCCACGUAUGUUAUUGUCGGUGGCACCGGAGGUAUUGGCCAGUCUAUCACUCGGAGGAUGGUUCAGCGUGGAGCUAGGCAUGUUGUCCUGCUCUCCCGCAGUGGCACCACCACGGAAGCUAUGCAAAAGGUUAUCAGCGAAUUUCACGCCGUGGGUGCAUCGAUCUACAUCAGAAAAUGCGAUGCGUCUGAAGUCUCGCAUGUCGAGGAGAUGGCUACAGAACUACAGAAGGAACUGCCUCCGGUCAAGGGUGUUAUUCACGCAGCCAUGGUCCUCAAGGAUAUUCUUUUCGAACAAAUGACCUUCUCAGACUGGGAUGCCGUCCUGCGACCCAAGGUCGCAGCAGCCUGGAAUCUCCACAACGCUUUUCUCCACCAGCCACUGGACUUCUUCGUCAUGCUCUCUUCUGUUGCCGGCAUUGUCGGUAACCGCGGUCAAGCUGCCUAUGCUGCGGGUAACUGCUUUCUGGAUGCGUUGGCGCGCUACCGCCGCCAAAAGGGGUUAUCCGCAGUAUCCAUUGAUCUCGCAGCGGUAGGCGAUGUCGCCGUGCUCUCCGAUGAUGCGGAGAAAAAGGCACAGGUGAUGAAGAACCUAGCAUCAGGCAACACGAUGCAAGAAUGCAUCACUGGUGUGCAUUGGGCUCCCCCGAGCCCAGCUCCAUACUACGCCUCCGAUGCCCGCUUCACCCAACUCGUCGAAGCCGCUAGAAAAAGCGAAGCCACCGAUACUGCCAAUUCCUCAUCCACGAAAUCCCUCUCUAUUACCCAGCAACUUCGCCGCGCGGCCAAUCUCCAGGCAGCCCUGGACAUUGCGGCUGUCAGCCUGCGCGACAAACUUGGCGAGAUUCUCAUGCUCCCCCGAGAAGUGGUGGAGGCGCAUACGCAGUCGACUCCAUUUGCGACGUUUGGGUUGGAUUCGUUGAAUGCGAUUGAGUUGAGAAAUUGGAUUGGAAAGGAGCUGAAGGGGCAUUUGCCGGUUCUGGAGUUGUUGUCGGCGGCGACUUUAGGAGACUUGGCUCUGUUGGCGUUGAAGAAGUCGACGUUGGAAGGGGCGUGGAAAGUGGAAGUCUUCAACUGA